AUGCACGGCCGGCUCUGGCCCAAGCCGCCCGACGUCUCCCACAUUAGCAGCCUGAGGUGGCCACACCGAGGUAAACACCGCUUUUUAUGAACAGUAGAUCCCCCCACUCCCGUCCCCAAAUUAUUUGGACAGGUUCGGGUUUCCACAAAUGUAUUACGUUUAAUUGCUUUUUACUGUAAAUAUUUUGUAAAACUACACAGUUUUCCCGAGGCGCGUACCUAGGCUACACAAGCGCUUGUAGAUAAGCCAGCAGCAGCAGCCAAAGAGCUUCCACAUUCCUCAUCUCUCUCUCACUCUCUCACUCUCUCUCCAAUGGUUUUAUCCCUGAUGACUGCAGUUUAUGUGACAAUACAACCUUUAUUUCCUCUUCUGUUUCUUUCUUUCUGUCUUUUUUGCUUGUGUUUCUUGUUUAGCUUUCCUGUCUUGCUGCCUCUCCCUCUGUCCUUUCUCCAUCUACUAUCUUUGUCUUUUGAAAGGACUGUUAUCGACUCACCACACAAGCAUCUUAUGCAACAAUGACCUUCCAGUUGAUCCCUCUGAGUUCUAGUUACUGUAUUGAGGUCAAGGGCCGGAGGUCAACGUUCAGGCAUAUUCUCAUUACCGGUCGAUUAUUUAUCUUACACUGUUGUUAAUUACAACCGAUCCUAAUCGUCUGUUAAACCCUAAACCACCGUCACAAGGCUUUUCCUCUGCAUCAGCUCAGGCCUCAGGUUAACUUAGCAGUAACACAGUGCUCUGCUCUCAUAUCUCAUAUAGUGUUGGGUUUCUCACUGCAAACACAGCUCCUAGUGCUGCCUUGGGCCUACAACCUCCUAUCCGAAGAGGAGUGAGGAGCAUUAAGCGAGUGUGUUUGUUUCCCUUAGCCCAGGCGGAUGUUAGCCCUUCUCAUUUGGCCCUCAGCUUUCCCAGCAGCAGCAAUGUGCCCAGCCAGCCAGUCAGCCAGUCAAUCAGCCAGUCAGUCAGCCUGUUAGCCAGUCAGUCAGCCAGUCAGUCAGUUAGCCAAUUAGUCAGCCAGUCAGUCAGUCAGCCAAUAGCCAGUCAGUUAGCCAGUUAGUCAGCCAGCCAGUCAGUCAGCCAGUAGCCAGUCAGUCAGUCAGUCAGUCAGCCAGCCAGUAGACAGUUAGCCAGCCAGCCAGUAGAUUGUUAGCCAGCCAGCCAGUCAGUCAGUCAGCCUGCCUGCCAGUAGACAGUUAGCCAGCCAGUCAGUCAGCCAGCCAGUAGAUAGUUAGCCAGCCAGCCAGUCAGUCAUCCAGCCAGCCAGCCAGUAGACAGUCAGCCAGCCAGUCAGUCAACCAGUCAGUCAGACAGAUGGCUGUAAUAGAUGGUCAAUUCAGCGAGCAGCAGGGCUCAGAAUGGACCUAUUGAUCGCAGAUGAAGCAGGGUAUCGAUCGAACCGGUGGUAAAUGUCAAACAGGGAUGGGAGAUUGAUGGAAGGUGUGUGUGUGUGUGUGUGUGUGUGUGCAUACGUGCGUGCGUGUAUGUGUGUAUGCGUUGACAGAUUAUACCCCUCUUCUCACACCCAGACACUUAGAGAGAUUAAAAUGAUUUGAUCUCGGUGAGAAAGGAAGAGAGAGACAGAAAUAGAGAAGGAAACAAAAAGAGCUAUCUGAAAUGAGACUCAGUUACAAGAGAGAAGGGGAGAGUGAGAGAUAAAUCAGUGGGCAUAUAGAGUGGAAGAUUGAAUGAGUGAGAAAGUGAGUGACUGGGAAGGAUGGAACAUGAGACAUCCCCAUUCCUUCUCCACUCCAUUCAUUGCUCUCCUUUCCUUUCCAUCCCUUUCUCCCUCCCCAGGUCUCCCCUACCACCUCCCCCCUCCCUGAGUGAGAUCCUCAUUAUGGUACAUCAUAUGUAGGAGAGCCUUAAUGAGCUAUGCCCUCGUUAAUAGAGGCCUAACCACCAGCUGGCCCCUGGCAGCCCAGAUGUGUGUGCAAUGCAAUCACAGAGGUGCUCUCUCUCUCUCUGUCUCCCUCUCUCUCCAUUUAAGUGGACAGAUCAAGAUGGAUACUGCUCUCCCAGCAUGUCUUAUUCACACUUGUCACCAGACUACUCUAUCUCUUCCUCUCCUUCCCACUCCCCUUUCUCACUUCCCCCCUCCUGUCAGUCUUUGCUUUUCUCACUAUCUCUUUGUUUCUCCUCUCUCUCUCUCUCUCCCUCUCUCUCUUUCCCUCCCUCCCUCUCUCUCUCUCUCCCUCUCUCUCUUUCCCUCCCCCCUAUCUAAUCUAUCUAUCUAUCUCUCUCCUCCUCUCUCUCUCUCUCUCUCUCUCUCUCUCUCUCUCUCUCUCUCUCUCUCUCUUCCUCUCUCUCUCUCUCUCUCUCUCUCUCUCUCUCUCUUUCUUUCUCUCUUCCUCUCUCUCACACUCUUUCUAUAUCUCCCUCUCUCUCAUUUACACACACAAUUUCUCUCUCACACACACACACGUUUUUUAUCAUUUCAAGAUGUGUGGAUGCUUAAUGUAUUUAUGUAAGCUUGAAGCUUAUUUAAGGAUAAUUAAAGGUAAUUAUAUAGGCCAUUAUUGGGCUCAGGCUUCCACAGAGUGCCCGUUAAGUGUGGGGAAAUGUGGUGGCUAUGCAAUGCUAUGCCAGUGGUUAUGGCUGCCAGACUUACUGAAUAAUUAGGGAUCUCUGUCUGUGUUGGGGAGUUUGGGCUGGGUAGGUUGGGGGUGAUAGUGUUAUACCUUCUGUAGACGUGUGGGCAAUUGGCAUCUGAGGGAUGGCGGGGGAGGUGUGUGUGUGUGUGUGUGUGUGUGUGUGUGUGUGUGUGUGAGUGUGAGUGUGAGAGAGAGAGGGGGAGAGAGGGAGAGGGAGAGAGAUAGGGAGGGAGAGAGGGAGAGAGGGAGAGGGAGAGAUAAAUAAAUAAAUAAAUAAAUAAAUCCCCUGUCUGGAGAAAGGUAGCCAUCUCUCCUGUUUGAGAUAGAGAUCAGAUCUGCUGUCGGCAUGCCAAGGAAACGGAACUGGGAAAUAGCCAUGAUUGAUUUAAAAUCCCCAGGGAUUCUACUGCAGGGUAGAGCUGCCUGGGAGAACACAGCAUGAGGGAGAAGAGAGGAAGAAAUUAACAGAAAGUGGAAGAGAUGGAAAGGGAGAGUUGAGAGGACAGAAUAGAGAGAAAGAGGUCUUAUCUCUAACAAAGCAAUCAUCAAAAAGCAAAUGAUGAUGGAAGAGGAGAGAAAGAAAGCAAGUGAAUCUGUCAGUGUUGAGAUCUCAGCUUUCGAUGAGGUCAUUGCUUGAGAGCACAGCUAUCGAUGAGGUCAUCGGUUCAGAGGGUCAGCCAUGAGACAGUACUGAGAUGUGCGUCCUUACCUGUCCUGUCCUGCUCUCCUAAAAACUCAACGCCCUAUUCUCCACAGUCUGAGGAAAGCCAGAUGUAGGACAAUCCCCUUAAAGGCUGUUGACAAGACACACUGACAUAUUUACUACCUCUGACUGUAGUUGUAGUAUGUAUGCAAGUAGGAAUGCCCUCAAACCACUGUAUGGAAUUCCACUGUACAGUGAGGUUGCACUGCACUUCAGCCUUGAUGGAGAGGUUCCCUAAUAUCAGGAUACAUUCUUAUAGGAAAACACAGGCCGUGACGUCUGAGGACUAUUUUAUUCUGAUGUUCAUUUAUAUAACUCAACUGUAUAUAUUUGCCUGACUUUAUCUGACUAGGCUCGUUGCACGGUGGACUGACUAUCAAAGGUAACAAUGGAGACAUGCAAUAUCUGACCGUCCUCCUUCUCUUGGUCUUUCCUCCUUCUCUCUUCUCUCCUUCCCCACCUACCUCCCUCCUCCUGUUUUUUCUCCACUGCUUUCCAUCUACCCUCUCUUUUUCUUCCCCUCACCUCUCUUCCUCUCCCUCCUCUCCUUCUCUCCUUUCUCUCCCCUCUUAUUUUCCUUUCUCUCCUACCCACUCUCUCCUCCUCCUCCUUCCCUUCUCCCCCCUGUCCUCCUCUUCCCCUCCUCCCCUCCGUUCCUCGCUUAGUUGAGUCUUCCCUGUGGUGUCUUGCUUGACUGACUCUCCAACUCAAAGGCUUAGGUGUUAAUCCCCAGCAGUUUUCAUCACUUAGAGCACCAAUCAAAAAGGGCUUAGCCCGUGUAAUCUGCCAAACUAUUGUCCUCUUCCUCCUCCCGCCACUCUUCCACUUUCCUCCUCUUUCUUCCCCUACUUUUCUCCUCCUCCACUAAAUCUACUUUCUUCCUCCUCCACUUUCUUUCCCAUCUCUUCCUCCUCCUCUUUCCUCUCCUCCUUUCCUCCCUUGUUUAGUGGCAUUGCCACUCCUCUCAGGAGGGAAAUAUACCCAAUGACCCUCUCCAGGGUUCGGCUGAGGGCACAUAGUUAGAAAGAGGAAGGGGAGAGGAGAGGGAAGGGAUGGAGUUAGGGGGGAUAUAGUGUGAAAUCAGAUCUCACCAGGCUUGAGGGUUGGCACGGCAUGCACAGCCCCAGGGGAUCCGGCUCGCUUAUUAUUCCUGAUCUACGUCUCUGGAUCGUCUCUCACACCUGGGGCCUUUAUUCCACAGGGAUUCAGGAAGACCUAGUCACAUGGGCAGGAGGAGGGGGAAGGGGGGAGGAGGGAGGAGGGGUAGAUGGAAGUUAUGAGAAAGUCAGUCAAACCCCAUGGAUGGUGUAAGCCUUUGGGGGUGAGGAAAGGAAGGGAGGGGGGUGAUUUUCAAUUAUGUAUUCAUUCAACACCCCCUUUACGAGAGAGUAGACGAGAAGACUAGAGCCCUAGAUGGAGAGAUGUCUGAGGGAGACAUAUUCUCUAUGUCUAGCUCCACUAGGCUGGAGUAUAGAGGGAUAUCUAUCGCUCUCUGGUAUCUCUUACUCUGUCUCUAGUAUUCUUAUCUCUCUAUAUACUCUCUCUCUCUCUCCCGUCUAUCUGUCUAUCUAUCUCUAUGUGCGGGUCUAUAGAUAUGAAGAGAGAGAUGAUAGAUAGCGAUAGAGAGAGUGUAUAUAAUGAUGUUGAGCGAGAGAUAUAGAGGGGAUCAUAAGGAUGUUGAUCUAUAGAGAUUCUAUCUCUCUCUCUAUAGUCUCUCUCGAUAGUAUCUCCUUGUCUAUCUGCUCAUCUCUCUUAUCUCUCUGUCUCUGGCAUCUCUCUCUCUCUCUAUGUAUACUCUAUAUCUACCUAUCGGUCUCUCUCAGUCAAUCUCGAUUUGUUCUUCUCUCGGUCUCCUAUCUGCACGGCGUCUGCACGGUCUUUCUUCCUCUCUAUCUACCAGUUGUCUCUCUCUCUCUCUACUAGUCUCCAUCUCUCUCAUCUCCCUCUAUCCCUCUCUCUAUCCUUCUCUCUCCUCUCUCUCCUCUACGAUCUACGGCCUCUCUCUCUCUCUCUCCUCUCUUCUUCCUCUUCUCUAAGUCCUUGCAUGGUGGGCUAGACAGUGUUGUGUAGAGCAGUAGCAACAGGCUGUUCCAUUAGUUCCAGGUAAAGAGCAUGUCAUAGGAUCAGACAGUAUAGUCUAGUGGAGGAUCUCUCAACAAGCCCCCUGAGCCUGUACCAUGCUGUCUAAUGCUGAGCACCGUGAAACUACCAUUACAGUUGAUACCAUCACACACACAAAUGCACACAAACGCAAGCGUGCACACACAUGCUCACACACGUAUACACACACACACAGCCAUGCACACACACACACACACACACACACACACACAACGUGCGCACAGACACACACAUGCCAAGAGGAAGAGAAAGAGCGAGAAAUAACUGAAUAGAAAGACAGAAUAAUGAAACUGCAUAAAGAAAUGGUCUAGCAGCAGAAAAGAAACCACUGGUGAAUGAGACUUCAUUCAUUGUAUCAGAGAUCUGAAAGAAUUCAAAGAAAGAGUGAAUGAAUAAGAGAAUGGAAGAGGCAGGUGAGGCCUGUAGGGAACAGCGAUGGGACUCCCAUAGGUUUGUUUGCUCUGGGCAAAUGUUUUCCCAGUGUUGUGACAAUAUGUGUGUGACUGAGGGCGGCUGCCCCACACUGGCACCCUGACACUGUGGUUACGACUUGUUGUGUGGAUGGAAACCUACUUUACCACCACAACGCAGCACAGCCAGUGUUCAUGUUGUCUUUCAGGCCUGCCAACUCCUGGCUUCUUCCUGUUAGCACAAAUAAGAGCAUUCGGAAAACCCCACUUCUCUCUGACUCCCCCUGUCUCACCCUUACUCUCACCCCGACUGCCUCCCCCCGUCCAUAAAGACUCUCACAGAGGCUUAGAAUAGAUUUCCAAGGCAUUAGUGAGGCCUUUUAUUGGUCUGUUGUCUGCCAAUUUGGAGAUCUCCAUCCCAGCAUGGCAGUGGCUGUGUGGGAGAGAGUGCUAAAGGGGUAAGACUUUAGCACGCAGAGUUAUAUACUGUGUGUGUGUGUGCAUGCGUAAAAACACUGUUCUCUUCGACCAGUAUUGCCUUAGUGUAUCUGUGACCUAAUGCUCUCUCUCUCUUCCUCUCCCCCCUCCCGCUCUCUCCUUAUCUCCAUACAGACAUAGAUGAAUGCCAGGAGGCGUUCAAUAACGGCGGCUGUGACCAUUUCUGCAGAAACACGGUGGGCUCCUUCGAGUGCAGCUGCCAGAAGGGCCACAAGCUCCUCACUGACGAACGCACCUGCCAGGGUGAGAAGCCUACCUGACUGACAGCUGUCAUACAAUCAUGUCUGAUGCCGUAACAACGCUUUAAGACCGUUACCUUUGGAAACAGUGCCAUCACUCCAUGAUCAGAUCAUGAAAGGAUAGUGUCAUGGAAUAGGGACCAUAGAAAUGGAUGUACUAGAAUAUACAGUUGGCCUAGUAGUUUCUAGAUAGUAACACACUCACGUGCUUUAUGAUCAGAGCAGGAUCGUACAUAGAAUCAGAACAGGGGUUGGCCUACAAAUCAUUCACCUUGAAUGACUUGUUAUUACAGUUGACUUGACAUCCUCAAGUGGGUGUAAUUUACUGUCAGCUGUAUUAAGACAUUCUGCUUCUCUCUUCAUAUCUAAUCCCUGGUUAUGUUUGGAGGACGAAUGCAGAUUCCUCUAUACAAGUCACAGCAAGAGAGACAGGAGAGGCAAACAUCACAAAUGAUUUUAUUAACAACAACACCCUGCAGUGUUUUUGUACCCGAACCAAAAACACCAAACAACUCUAUCCCAGUGUGUGUGUGUGUGUCAUAUUAAACAUCAACACUGUCAUAUUAAACACUAAAAAAUCUGCCGACAAACAGUUUACACAACUCCAUACACGCCAAUAACACACUCAGCCUGGGUGUGUGCUGAUGGGAGGAACACACACAUACACACACAGACACACACACACUGACACGCUCCUUCCACCCAUCAGCUUACCUGACUGUAAACUAAGCUUCCGUGUCCAACAACGCAGGUUGUUCCAUCUGCUAACAAGUGGUAUUUUUAUUCAGAUUUUUAUUUUUAACUUUUAUUUAUUUAUUUAUUUAAUUAUUUCCAUGCUGGUAAGCUCUUCCAGGGAAAAUAGCUCCUGGUAAUACGUGUCUGAGAAGAGCUAGCUACAGCUAUGCCAGGUUCCUCUGAGAGAGAAAGGGAGGGGAAGAGAAAGAGAGAGUUUUUAGGCAGCCCCUAUGCCUGUACAAGGACAGGGGUGAUGGAGAAUGGGGUGUGCAAUAAUCAUCAGGAACAUAAAGACUCCCAACUGUCACGAACGUUGACUGAUGACUCGUGGAACCAAGGCGCAGCGUGAUAGCGUCAGCAUUGUUAUUGAAGGAAAACGAAGACAAAAAAUGGAUUCGGUUUUAACCUGAAGGUACACAACUAGCAAACCUUACGGCACAAGAUCCAACAACUACAACUGGUCCAAGCCAACAGAGUACUGUGUGCCCAUAUACAGCAGAGCUCAGCUUCCAUUGGGAACCACCUGGCCAUAGCAUUGUCACAGACUAGAUACAAAUUAACAGUAGAACUAAACUAAUCAAUCCCACCCUGCCACAGACCAGAGCAAGAGCCUGACACCAACAAGACGCUUAAACCAAUACUAGGCUCAAUGACAAGGUAGAUAGACUGUAUUUUAAGCACCUAAUGCUCUCACAGGGAUGACGUGACAAUUGGUUGGGGUUUGAAACAGGGAACUAACUGGGUUGGUUACACCCUACCCCCAAACAGACAGACACCUGCACAUCAGCCAAGCAAAAACAGUGACAACCCUCUGGAAAUGAGAUUUACACAGCACUCUCAAGUCAUUCCAGUGCUGCAUGGUGGCUGUGGUUGUGGUCUGAUGCUAGUUUAAUUCAUCAGGUAUGCUAAUCUAACCCAAGCCCAUCAUAUAGACAGUUGCCCGGAGGACUGUAGCAAAGCAGCCCAGCAGCCAACAGAAGCCAGGCCUCAACAACUUCCUCCUCAUGACAAACUUAAUCAUAACACACUGUAUUUUUAGCCCCUGUAAAUCUCCACAGCCCAGAUGACUUUGUAUUGAAAUAGUCCAGGUGAGUUGGAGAAGCUGGACUGAAGUAAUGCUGUUGUUACUGUCAGCCACCCAAAUAUGUCAUGACAUCUUUCUCACUCAAAUAAAAUAAAACAAUUAUAAACCAAAACCAGGGCCUGCAUUUGCAAAGUGUCUCAGAGUAGGAGUGCUGAUCUUGGAUCAGUUUGGCCUUUUAAGUCACAAUGAAAAUGAUUAAACUGAUAGGGGGGACCUGAUCCUAGAUCAGCACUCCUACUCUGAGAUGCUUGAUACUGUACAUACAGGCCCUGCUCCUGACCACAGUGAGUUGGUCUGAUCUAUCCCAGGCCUGGGCUGGAGGGCUGGACUGAAGGACUGAAUUGGAUCUGGAAGUCUCCACUGAGAAGACCUCUUGGGGUUGUUUAGUGAGCAGAGCUCUGGUUUGUUUUCCACUCUGAACUCCAGUCUGAUUAAUGGACUGGUCUUAUUAGCUGUGGCUGAAUAAUGGGUGUUUGUGUGGAGAAGAGCCGAGGAGAGUAAUAUCUAAGAAUGACUCAUAUAUCAGCUUGUUGGUUUCUCAAGAGGAAGGAGGCAAACAUGCUCUCUGCUACAACCAAGGAAGAUUACUUAAUUGUCAGGGUCUGUGUAUUGCAUGUGUGUAUCUCAGCUCUUUGUGGCUGUAAUUGUAGUCCUGCACUAGUCUAAACUAACCUUUACCAUGAUUAUAGGCAUGUCUAUUUGUUGUGUGGGAGUGCACAGAUCAGUGUGUGUGUGUUUAUGUGUGUGAAUCUUGAGCAUCCAACCUGACGUCCUUACUGACACACACCCUGUAAGCCUGUCACUGUUUAGACUCCCACCCACAUAACAAGGCUGAAUGUACACUGUUAUUCCAGACAGAAGAUUUUGAAAUGCUCCUGCAGUGUCCAGUCCACCAGCCCCCACUCCACACACACACACUGUCUCACCACUGACAGUUCACAGUUCAGAUGUAUUGUCCUUUUAGUGGAAAUUCCUCUUCACAGCUUCUAGCAAUCUAAACAAAAGACAGUUCAAAGAACUCCCCAUAGUGAAACUCAAUACAUUCAAUAUCCAGUAUACUGUACUGAGAAUAUGGAUGUUAACUCUGUCCUAAUCUUAGCAUGUUUCAUAUAGAUACUGGCUAUACUGUCGUCAGUCCUUGGUGAAGGCAUGGUCAGAGUGACUCACUAUGGUCCAGUUCAUGGCAGCAUCUCAAAUGGCACCCUAUUCACUAGGAGUCCUGGUCCAAUGUAGUGCACUAUAUAGGGAAUAGGGUGCCAUGGUGCUCUAGUCAAAAGUAGUGCACUAUAUUGGGAAUAUGGUGCCAUUUUGGACAGACCCCAUGUGUAAACAGUAGUAUUGCAUAUGUUCUGUGUUUCUCCUCUAUCUCAGAUAUUGACGAGUGUUCCUUUGAGAGGACCUGUGACCACACCUGCGUCAACUACCCUGGCAGCUUCGAGUGUGUCUGUCAGGAGGGAUAUACUCUGUACGGCCUCACACACUGCGGAGGUGAGUAUGACACAGACAUGCAUGGGAUUGCACGAACACACGCACAUAUACACACAAACAUACACACAUACUGUACACACACUCACACACACAAACAUGCACACACACAUGUGCAGGCAGACACACACACAUACACACUUAGAAAGACAUGGGAAAGAGUUAGACAGACAGGUAGCUAGGGAGAGGCACAGAUAGAAAGAAAUUGACUGACACAAAGUGAGAAGCCCUGAGAGACUGACAAGGAGAAAGAGUGAGUGAGAAAGAAAUGGAGUGAAGGGGAGAGAGAGAGAAAUAGAACAAGAGACAGAGUUUUUUUAUUGUGAGUAUUGGUGAGGGGUAACUGAGCACGUGCAGACGGCUGGUGCUGAAAACACAUUCACACCUCAGUUCCCCUGAAUAAUUCUCUGUACCUGCGUCCCUGCCUCUGUGGGCAUUUGUGUGUGUGUGUGUUGUACCUGUCACACACAUGUCAUGCGGAGGCGGUAGGUUUGACGGGUGUGUGUGUGUGUGCUGUGAUCCCACUUCACUUGGCCCUGUCUGGCUGACAGCCAUGUUCUUCAGUGGUAGACUAAACAGGCCACUGUCUAAAGGGCGUUCCAUUAGCAGUCAACACAUACUAGUCAGUCAGAUAUAGAGCACGGAGAAGACAUGGGCUGUCUGUCUCACACUGAUGACAUCACACACUCACUCAUAGCACAGGCUCUGUCUGAUGAUGUCACUCUGAACUGUGAUGAUACUCAACCACAUACAUGCACACACACACACACACACACACACCCUCUGACUGUAUUCUAUGUGGAUGUGUCUCAGACAUAGAUGAGUGCAGCAUUAACAACGGGAGCUGUGAGCACAGCUGUGUGAACACACAGGGAGGCUAUGAGUGUCUGUGUCCACCUGGUCAGAAGCUCCACUGGAACAGGAAGGACUGCAUCAGUAAGGACCUAAACAUCUACUCUGUGUGUGUUUUCUAUAGACAUAGGAGUGUGUGUGUGUGUGUGUGCGUGUGCGUGUGUGUCAUCAUUUUUGUACUGUGAUGGGUCGUGGUUGUCAUGGUGAUGUGACCCUCUGUGUUCCUCAGAGGCGGUGAAGUGUUUGCCCAAUGGGAAGCCAGCGCCACGCGCCCAGCUCAGCUGUGACAAGAGAGGCGGGGUGGAGGUGUGCUCGCUUUCCUGCCCUUCCAACGCACUCUUCCUCGCAGGUACGUGGCUCAAUCCUACACACCCCAACACACACACACCUGGCAGCAAAGAGGAACUGUUUUCCUCAUACCAAAGACCAAACCUUCUCUCUUUCUUCCCAGAAGAACCCUAGCCUUUAGCCUUGACUCUCCCCCAAUAUGCAUUCUACACUUCCUAAAGUACAUUAAUCCUCUACCUUCUCUGACCUGGACUGGUCUGGUGAGGUUUAGUCCGAUGCGCUAGUCUUCAGCUGACUUUUAUCCAUGACCAAUGCCUGUGUAGCCAUGGUUAACUGAUCUCCAGCCACUCCAUACUCUCUGCUGCCCUCUAGAGGUCAAUGCCAGUCCUCACGCUGCUCUCCAUUCAAGCAGAGCUCCACUGAAAGUUUCCCAGUUGAAUGAAGGACUCAGAUUAAGGCCUAAUCUAUCUACCUACCUAUCUCAGUCACCGGCCAUCAGGGUGCAUUUCAGCUAAAUGUCUCAGUAUUUCACUCAGUCAGUGAUUUCGUCUGGUGUUGCCCCUGAGGCUAUAAAGGGCUAUAAAGCUAUUGGCUGUCAAUGCAGGCACCCUGGUCCUUCUGCGAAUGUGCUUAACACAGACGGAACAUCUGUAAAACAAUUACAUUCUUUAAUCGGGCCUGCCAUAUUUCCGUUAGGACUGCUUUGAGUAGACCCCUGCUCCGUUUGGCUUGGCUGCUGUAGUGUGAGACUGAUGGAUAGCUCUCAAACACAAAGUGGAAUAAUAGUGCUUUUCUAUCUUUCUGGAGAAUGUCUUCAUUUGGGGGAGAAGGAAAGCUUUUAAAUUCUUGUGGUUGCACGCAAAGUCCUGUUUCUUCUUCAGUCAUCUCCCGCUUUAUGAGCUCUGAAGUCUUCAUCCCUCAUUUCUGACUAAAUAUGCAUGUGUGUUUGUGUGUGUGUGUGUGUAUGUGUAUGUGUGCGUGUGUACGUAUGUGCGUGAACAUUCAUGAAUGAGCAUAGAUCUGUCAUUCGGUACAUAAUUUCUCUCCAUCCCUCAGGAAAUGUGUGUGUAUGCUUGUGUGUGUGUGUGACUGAGGUGUGCGUGAGUGUGUUUUAUUUUAUGGCAGACUUCAUAUGGCAGUCUCCUGUAGCUCUUAAAUAUUAGGGAAAGUGAGGCCAUAGAAAACGAAUAAAAGUAUUUUACUCCUCAACUAGCCAAGAGAAACACACACUGCCAUCAGAUGGCUAGCACACACACACACACACACACACACACACACCCCUCCCCCAGACGGUUAGCGGAGCAGGGAGAUUGGGUCACACUGCUCCUCAGACGGGCCCCUCUAUCACUUUGACAGCAAUCCCAUAUUUCCUCAUGUCCCAUGUCACCCUGUCCCUCAGGGCUGUGGGUUUAAUAGCCAUAAACAAGUCAACCAGUGGCAGAAGACAGGGAUACUGCACGCAGAGCUGGUGUAAAUGGAUUGACCUUGGGUGGACAGGGUUGUAACUGACAUGUAUUUGUGUUUGUGUCCCACCAGACUCUGAGAACAGCUACACGCUAAGCUGUGGUGUGCCGGUGCAACCUGGGAAGGCACCACAGAAGAGGAACGCCACCACCGCCCUGCUCACCUGUGCAGGUAUGCAAUGCAUUAUGGGACCUGUAGUCAGAGAUGUCAUGCUUUGUUCAAUAUAAAGAUAUUUAACCAUACCACUUCAAAUAAAACACACACUUACAGUGAGAUCAGGGUCUCGCAGCUCAGUCAUGACCUUUUGACGUCGAUGUAGUUGUCAUCUUUUCAUUUCUCCCCAUGUCGGUGGGUUUAAAUUCCUCCAUUUCUUCAUUCCCUCCAUCGGAAUAUUCACUCCCCUGCCUUUGGUGCUUGCCAUAGCGUCACUCCUAUAUUUCCUUCAGCACUCUGUAGAUUUUGGACAGGGAGAGGGCCCUCGCACAGCCAGAGGAAUGCAGAGAGAGAGACAGAGAGAGAGAGAGAGAGAGAGAGAGAUAAAGAGAGAGAGAGAGAGAGAGAGAGAGUGUGAGAGAGAGAGAGAGAGAGAGAGAGAGUGUGUGAGAGAGAGAGAGAGAGUGUGAGAGAGAGAGAGUGUGUGUGAGAGAGAGAGAGAGACCCCAUCUAUCUGGCUGGGGGUGUGAGUGUUAAGUGAUAUGAAAUACAGCUCACCUCAGAGCGCCAAUCGUGGACCGUUCCCUAAGAAUCUCAAAGCUCCCCCGGACAUAUGAUUCGCUUACGGUUCAUCUACGGUCUCAUCACGGUCUAUAAUUUCACGCUCUGAUAACGGAAGUGGCAGAUGACUGUUAUGAUGAUGGUGGUGAUGAUGAUGAUUGUUACAAUGCGGAUGAAGACAGAUUUAUAUUGUGUCCCAAACCACAGACAGCUCAGUCCAUUCAGCGCCUCUGCUCUACAGCAGCAAACUGGAGCCAGUGGUGUCCUGGUGAGCCUGCUGUUAAUGGUUCAUGGACAGAACCACACACACAGCCCCUCUAUGGCCUCUCACUGUGCUGUGUGUUUACCUGGCUCCGCUCUCAAUGUCCCUCUUCACUCACCGUACCCAUAACCACACACACUCUCUGACCCUUGCGUGUCUCCAGCACCUCGUUAAAAGGACAGCCAUCCCAACCACCCAACACAUGACCGACAAACAGACACAAACACACACAUUCCGUCUACCUUCCGUCUACCUUCCUCCCUUUUGGACUGCUAAUCACCGUGACGAUGUGGGUUUUGGUUUUGCCAUAUUGCUGGAGAGACAGACAGAGCGUGAUGAAGCAUUUGGCUGUGUUAGUUCCUCUCUGACCUAAACUUCACCUCAACCAGGGAACACCAAUAAAGGUGGCCUGGAGAUGCCCUCUAAAGUGUGUGAUCAUAUGCCAUGGGUAGUAGACUAUCUUCAGGGCCAGGAGUUGGUCAGGUCAGGUGAUCAGGAUAAAACUCCUGUCCGUAAUUAUGAUGUUAUUCAUAGGAUGUCAAAAGGUUAUUCAUUAGUGUAUGUUUCUGUCUUUCUCCUUUAUGUAAAUGAAGAUACGUUACCCCCACCCAUCAAGCAGAAGGCCCGCUUCAAGAUCAAAGAUGCCAAGUGUCACCUGAGACCCAGGAACAAGGAAAAACACAGAGAGACGUCCAAGCCGAGCCUGCAAGGUAAAUCCUGCUACUCCUAACUGACUGUACAAACUGUACUGUAUAACACAUGCUACUCCUAACUUAGAGUGUACAACAUCAAGUAAUACAGACUGAACUAAGACUAAGAAGGUAUACAUGAUGCAAGAUACUGUAGCAGUAAUGUAACCGACAGUUAGAUGUGUCCUGAGCUGUACCCUUACACCUGCCAUAAAUCCGAAACAAUCAAUACUAAACAAUGCACAACAGCAUCCUAUCAACUUCCUCUCCUUAUCUUCUUCCUCAUCCUCCCCCUCUUCUUCUCAGGGGGUCCGCUCCCCUGUUCUGAUGACUGCCAGGUGACCUUUGUCAAUCUGAAGUGUGACUCAUCUAAGAAGCGGCGCCGUGGACGCAAGUCCCCUUCCAAAGAGGUUUCCCACAUCACAGCUGAGUUUGAGAUGGAGAUGAAGGAGGAGGAAGCCUCAGGUCAGUGUGACUGUGCAACCUCAGGUCAGUGUGUGUAUGUGUGUGUGUUGAUUGCAUAUACUCCACAUUUUAGACUCAUGUAACCUGUAUAUGGGUGUGAGUAAUUUGAGUUUGAUGUUAUAUGGAGUGUGUGUGUGCUUGUGUAUUCCUUUCCCCAGACUUGUGUAACGUGGACUGUGUAUUUAUUGUGUGUGUUGUGUGUGUGUGUGUGUAUACUGACUGUGUGUAUUCCUCUCCCCAGACUCAUGUAACGUGGACUGUGUAUUUUUUCUGAGUUGCUGUGUGUGUGUGUGUGUGUGUGUGUGUGUGUGUGUGUGUGUGUGUGUGUACUGACUGUGUAUAUUCCUCUCCCCAGACUCAUGUAACAUGGACUGUGUAUUUUUCUGAGUUGCUGUGUGUGUGUGUGUGUGUGUGUGUGUGUGUGUGUGUGUGUGUGUGUGUGUGUGUGUGUGUGUGUAUACUGACUGUGUAUAUUCCUCUCUCCAGACUCGUGUAACGUGGCGUGUGUGAGGGAGCGUAUGAAGCAGAGGUUACAGAGUGCCAUGCGGACCCUGAGGAAGUCCAUCAACAAGCAGCAGUUCUACAUCCAGUUCUCUGGUACUGAGUACGAGGUGGCCCAGAAACCUGCCCUGCACGUUGAGCAAUGCAGCACCGGACAGGUCUUACGGGACGGCAAGUGUGGUGAGCAUCCUGUGCAAGACAUCCUGGGAUAUGGCGUUGUUGUAGCUUACUGUUCCAUAUACAGGUAACUGCCAAAAUAAAGAAAACACUUGAGUAAAUUAGGGAUACAAAGUAUAUUGAAAGCAGGUGCUUCCAUACAGGUGGGGUUCCUGAGCAAUUCCUAAACAAUCAAUAUCCCAUCAUGCUUAGGGUCAUGUACAAAAAUGCUAGGCAGGCUGCCCAUUAUUUUGGCUGCCAUGGCUAUGCCCCCAUAGGAUGACAAUGCCUCCAUCCACAGGGCACGAGUGGUCACUGAAUGGUUUGAUGAGCAUGACAACGAUGUAAAGCCUAUGCCAUGCCAGUCUCAGUCACUAGAUCCUAACCCUAACCCAAUGGUGAAGGUGCAUAAAGAUGGCGGUCCCCAUGUACUUGCCACAAAUACCUUGUUUGCUCAGUUCGCCGUAUUGUACAUUGCUCUCCAUUACUCUUUUUUCGUAUCAGUAUAUGCCUACAUGAUCCCAAUUCUAGCUCCAAGACGGCGGCAAUUUGAAAAACCGAAAAAGUUGAUUGUGCUGAUUUACUGUCACAUUGAACCAUGUCGCGCGCCGUAGUUUAAGAACUCUGUGGGUAGUGCUAAAAACAAUGACGUCAUAUCUGAAUUCUUCCAUCUUUAUGCAUCUUCUCCAUUGAACACUUAAGGGAGACAUCUGUCUCAGUUUGAUGCAGUGUAUGUGUGAUAUACCAUACCAUGAUAUGCUAAACAUCUCUCUCUCAUCUCUCUCUCUUUCUCUGUGUGUAUGUAUGUCUAUCUCUCUCCCUGUCUCAGUGAGUUGUGGUGUGGGGACGUACUAUAGUGGAGACCAUGAUCAGUGUGUUGUGUGUGUCCCUGGUACAUACCAGGACACAAUGGGUCAGCUGUCCUGUGAACCCUGCCCCAGCACCGAGGGACAGGGCAUCGCUGGGGCCAAGAACGUCUCCCAGUGCGGAGGUGAGUGUGCGUGUGUGUUUGUACGUGUUUGUGUGUGUGUGCGUGCUUGUGCUCGUCUUAUGUGUGCUGUAGUUUGGCACCACCUUGUGGUUAUUAAACAACAUUCCAGUUCUAUUGGCGAGCACAGUCUUUCAAGGCAUUUCCCACUUUGUCCUCUAGAAAGCAGCAAAGACCAGGAUUACAUAGAUAUAUCAGCCCGGCUAGCUCAGUCGGUAGAGCAUGAGACUCUUAAUCUCAGGGUCGUGGGUUCGAGCCCCACGUUGGGCGCUGCCUUUUGAUUUAAAAUUGAUAACUUCACUAGCAGUACUCUGGAAAACCUGAACCUAUGGAACUGACUAGAUCUCAUUGUAGUUGAAUUUCCAGCAUAGAGCAGUUGAAGAGAUUUAUGUCAUAGAACCUUGUUAUACCUUAUGAAUUCUCUUCCUCUCUCCCUCUCCCCACCUCUCCCAGGCCAGUGUCCGGCUGGUCAGUAUUCAUCAGAUGGGUUUCGUCCAUGUAACCCCUGUCCCCUGGGCUCCUUCCAGCCGGAGCCUGGUCGUGUCCUCUGCUUCUCCUGUGGAGGAGGCCUCAUGACCAAGUACGAGGGCUCUGUCGCCUUCAGGGACUGUGAGGCCAAAGGUAACACGGAGAGAGAGAGAGAGAGAGAGAGUGAGUGUGUGUGUGUGUGUGUGUGUGUGUGUGUGUGUGUGUGUGUGUGUGUGUGUUUGCAUACGUGCAUGCUUGUGUGUGAGAAUGUCUGUGCAUGUGUUACUUAAUGUUUGUGGCUGUGUGUGUUUCUCUCCAUAGUCCACUGUGCUCCUGGACACCACUACAACUCCAGUAACCACCGCUGUAUCCGCUGCCCAGCCGGCACCUACCAGUCAGAGUUUGGACAGAACUACUGCAUCACCUGCCCUGGCAACACCACCACCGACUUUGACGGAGCCACCAACGUCUCUCACUGCAAGAGUAAGGCCAGUCUCACAUUAGUUCAUUACUGCAGUGAAUUAUUUUACUGUUGCACAUGGUUAGAGGACUCAUUUAAGCUUGACAUCUCGUUAGACCAUAGCCCACAAAUGACAAGUUGUCAUGGUGUGACACGUGCUAAAACAUUUCAGUUUCCUCUGUGAACUCUAAGCCAGGGAAUCCCAAACUUUUUCACUCGGGGUCUCCCUUCCAGCAUUGGGGAACAUCCCGCGCUCACGCCACGUCUAUUUCUAUGGGCACAAGCACUGCUCAUGACACCAACUGUACACACCCCUCUUGUUGGUGGAGAGAUAAUAAUUGUGCUUAUUUCUUGCAAUUCUACACAUUUUGUCAUGUCUAAUGUGUAUUCAUGUGAUAUUUGAGUGACAAAAAAAUGACAACAAUAUCUAUGGACAAAAAAACAAAAUAUAAUAACGGUAGCUGACAUGGGGCUAGUUGAUCUGGACAUUUCUGACAAGUUAUAAAUAGCUCUCUAAGGUAUGUAAUGACUAACAUGACAAGAGGAACUGAUGAGGCGCUACCCAAUUUAGAAAUUGCACCUUGUGCAUUCUACUAUUACAACUUUCAAAAGUAAGUUUAAAGCCAGACUGAGUUCUACCGGUCAAAAGUUUUAGAACACCUACUCAUUCAAGGGAUUUUCUUUAUUUUUACUAUUUUCUACAUUGUAGAAUAAUAGUAAAGACAUCAAAACUAUGAAAUAACACAUAUGGAAUCAUGUAGUAACCAAAAACGUGUUAAACAAAUCUAAAUCUAUUUUAUAUUUGAGAUUCUUCAAAUAGCCACCCUUUGCCUUGAUGACAGCUUUGCACACUCUUGGCAUUCUCUCAACCAGCUUCACCUGGAAUGUUUUUCCAACAGUCUUGAAGGAGUUCCCACAUAUGCUGAGCACUUGUUUUAUUUUUGGGAGGGGUGUGGGGGACCCCCACGCGCCCCCCUGCCGACCCCUCCCCCACAGUUUGAGAACCACUGCUCUAAGCUAUAAACAUGAUCCUUGCUGAUAAAUUAGUUCAAUUUAAAUCCAUAGUCUCCAGUGCACCCUUACUCAUCCAAGUCUCUUCUCCCUGUCUUAGACCAGGUGUGUGGGGGUGAGCUGGGGGACUUUACAGGCUUUAUUGAGUCUCCUAACUACCCCGGGGACUACCCGUCCAAUGUAGACUGUAUCUGGACCAUCAACCCUCCUCACAAGAGACGCAUCCUCAUCGUGGUGCCUGAGAUCUUCCUCCCCAUCGAAGAUGAGUGUGGAGAUGUGCUCGUCAUGAGAAAGAGUGGUACGCACAACCAGGAAGUCAUCGUUACUCUGCCAGCCAAUAAGACAGCGUGAUUUUUAAUUUCAUCAGCUAGCCAGCCAUUAGAUUGUUACAUUAUUGUAGUUAGUCUAUCUUGUUGUCAGGGAUAUCCUAUUGCUAUUUUAAUAUUCAUCAAGUUUUAUUAUUUCAGCUGAUUCCAAACUCUUGGUUGGUCCAUCUGUCUGUCAAUUACAUUUAGACCCUCCCUCUUCUUCCAUUAGCCCUGCCCACCUCCAUCACCACCUAUGAGACGUGUCAGACUUACGAGCGGCCAAUCGCCUUCACCUCCCGCUCCCGCAAGCUCUGGAUCCAGUUCAAGUCCAAUGAGGGCAACAGCGGCAAGGGCUUCCAAGUCCCCUAUGUCACCUACGAUGGUCAGUGUGCUGCUCAGACUCCCUAACAGUCACAUGUGCCUUAUUAAGUGAACUAUAAUGUACAGGACGACAAGGUGUGUUUGAUGGUGGAAUCUUACGUCACUUUUUGUGUCAGCUGAAUCAUGUAACCCCGUGUUUCCUCCUGUCUGUUGUUUUGUAGAGGACUACCAGCAGCUGAUAGAGGACAUUGUCCGGGACGGCAGGCUAUACGCAUCAGAGAAUCACCAAGAGAUACUGAAAGUAAGCAACUCUCCAUUAUGUCCAAUUACUGUAUAUUAUAUAUUGUAAUUAAUAAAUAAUACUAUACACUGUACGGUAUAUUAUCUUCACUGAUAACUCCCUCCAUCUGUCUCUCUGUCUCUCCCUCCCUCCCCCUCUCCUCCCUGCAGGAUAAAAAACUGAUCAAAGCCCUGUUUGAUGUGCUGGCUCACCCCCAGAACUACUUCAGGUACACGGCCCAGGAGUCCAAAGACAUGUUCCCCCGCUCAUUCAUCAAACUGCUGCGCUCCAAAGUCACACGGUUCCUACGGCCGUACAAAUAGGCUGCUACGCCCCCUGUCUGCUACCCAGACACCUACCCCUUAUGUUUGUCCUACGCCCCCUUUCCACCAUCUACUCCUCCCUACUCUUCACCUACGUCCUUACCCUGUCAACAUCCCCAUAUGUCUUCUUAUCCCCAAGUCUAUACCCAUACAUCUCUCCUACACCCCCCCGCCACUCUAUCCCUCUCUUUUACACCCCCUCUACUCUCAAACACUUCUUCUACACCCCUAUACUUCUCUUACACCCCUCCUCCCCCACACACACACCCCCCAACCCUACCCAGAGUUCCUCCUGCUCGCUAUCCCAGCAUUCCCUGCACAGGAACAGAGAACCGUCUCUCCCUCUUUUGUAUUUUUUUUUUCUGCAGUCCUCGUUUUAACUUUCCACCUUUUCCCCUGUACUUUUGGUUUGUUUUGGUUUGUUUUUGUGUUGUU